CAAUCAGCAUGCUAGAAGAUGUGGAAGCAACCCUGAUCAGCAACAAGCUGUGCUCCAAGAGCAUCCAAGGGCUGACAGAGGAUAUACAGUGUGCCAUCUCUGAGGAAAGCAGUAGUGGCAUCUGUGAGGGUGACAGUGGAGGGCCUUUGGUUUGUACCUAUGGAGAGAUCAUCGUGCAGUGGUUUGUAGUCGGAAUAGCCAGCCAGAGAAACAGCUGCGGAGGAGAGGAGAGUCCUGCAAUCUACACUCUUGUCUUCAGCCACCUUGACUGGAUACAGACAGCGACUGCUAGAGAAGGGAAGCCGUUUAUAUCCAAAGGCAUGGACAUCAUUGACAACUCAGCCCACUCUAGAACUAGAGACAGACAUUUUGCGUUUCAUUCUUCCCUCCUUCCACUUGUCUAUUUGAUAUUGAUGGUUUAUGAAUCAUACUAAAAUUUGUGUAUUUAUUUA